GCUCCGGUGAGACUCUGAUUGAAACAGAUUGUAGCGCUCCGCGGGAUCGCAAUGGCAACUGUCCGUACAGGACGACAGCAGCAACUUUUGUCGUGUUUGUAAUGUUACAGAGACAUUAUAAGUCGCUGAAGAAACUACUUUCUAAUGUGAGAAACAAACGAUACACAAUUUUUCAAGUCCGAAAAUGUCCCAGGGAUGUACAGUUUCUGUGGAAGAGAUCCAGUGUUGGUGGGAAGUCCCCGCCAUAGCCCACUUCUGCUCGCUGUUCAGGACAGCGUUCAACCUUCCAGACUUUGAAAUAGAGGAGCUAGAGAAAGCUCUGUCAGAGCAAGACUUGGACUUCCUCGGGGACCUUAUUGCAUGUCUGUUGCAGGGAUGCUAUCAGCGUACUGACAUCACUCCCCAGGCAUUUAGCAGUUACCUGGACGACAUCAUCAGCUACCGGUGGGAGCUGGAAGAAGGGAAGCCCAACCCACUCCGCGAAGGCCCCUUUGAGAAUCUCCCUACUCGCACUCAGGUGGAACUGCUGCACCGGCUGUGCGACUACCGUCUGGAUGCUGCUGAUGUCUUUGACCUGCUCAAGGGUCUGGAAGCAGACAGUCUGAGAGUGGAACCACUGGGGCAGGAUGGAAAUGGAGCCCUCUACUGGUACUUUUAUGGCACUCGUAUGUACAAAGAAGAGCCGGUCAAGAGGAAAGCAGAGAGGAUUAGUGAAUCCUCUGAACUGACAUUACCAGAGAAAAAGAAAAGGGGAAGACCACCAAAGAAGAAAAGACUAGAAGACGCUCAGCUAAGUGAGGCGGAAAGUGAAGUGUCAGAAACAAAGACAGAAAAUGAGCUGGAAGAUCUCCGCCAUUGCACAGGCCGUAAGCGAGGCGCUUGGUCCCUGGUGUGUGAUACGGAGGAACAAUGGGUCAGUCUGGCAGAAAGCAUCAAGGACAAAACCUCCCCACAGGACCGCCACCUCUACCGUGUCAUCAGCCAGAACUUCCUGCCUGAGAUCAGCAGCAUGAUCGAGCACAAGGAGCGGGAGCAGAAACAGAAGCUACUGGACCCAACCCCAGUUCGCAUAUCUCAACGGUUCUCUGAAAAACAUGUUAACCAAGAAGAGGAGGAUAAUCUGAAGGCCACAACAGAGGAGGAGGAGAAGAAGAAAGAUGAAGAGCUGGACAGGCAAGUCCUGCUGGCCGAGCAGCGACGAGAAGAGGAAAGGCUUCAGCAGGAGGAACAACAGAGAGAAAAGAUGGAGAAGAUCAAAGCCGUGGAGGAGCGAGCGAAGAGGCGGAAGAUGCGAGAGGAAAAGGCGUGGUUACUGUCUCAAGGAAAAGACCUGCCGCCUGAACUCAUGAAUCUAGAGCCUUCUUCUCCUGUCCACAGAACACGCAGGAAUAAGACAUUCUAUGAAAUUGAUGACGACUACACUGCUCUAUACAAAGUGCUUGAGGUGUUGAAAGCCCAUAAAGAUGCUUGGCCUUUCUUGGAACCUGUGGAUGACUCGUAUGCCCCCAAUUACCACGAGAUCAUCCAGACUCCCAUGGACCUGUCCACCAUUGAAAAGAAACUCAAUGAUGGGGAGUACGUCGCUAAGGAGGAGUUUGUUGCCGACGUGAAGCUCAUGUUUGAGAACUGCAUUGAGUACAACGGCGACGACAGUGAGUACACUAUCAUGGCGGAGUCUCUGGAACGGUGUUUUAGCCGGGCCAUUAUAAAACACUUUCCAACAGAGGACGGCGACACAGAUGAGGAAUUCCACAUCAGCAGCGAAGACAAGGAGCGCAAGGACAAAAAACGCAAUCGAGGCAGCAGCAAACAUCUGGGACCCGAAAGUCUGAUCAAGGCCACUGAGCAGGUCCAGCGUAAGAGAAACUUCCAAGGGGGCAAAGGCAGCACGCUCACAGAGGAAGAGGACAGCAAAGCAAAACGACCUCCUCAUCAUUGGGCCAACGGACCCCCUCACCCCCACAGCCUGCCCCCCAGCCAGCAGCACAUACAUGGAGGAGACAUCCGGGGCAUGUACCACCCGGGGCAACAGCUCCAUCAUCCUCAUGGUCCACACAUGUAUGGCCAAAGAAUGGCCAUGGAUCCCCGCUUCUCCUACCCAGCUCACAUUCCCAGGCAUGGAGACCCCAGUAUGAACCGCCUGCCCCACAACUUUAACAUGCAGCAUCGCAUGGUUGAAGGACAUCACAUGGGACCCAGGUAUCCAAUGGUCCCAGACCCGAACCAGCAGCAGCCCCCGCACCAGCAGCAGCACCCCUACAUGGGUCCGACUCAUGGCCCGUCUCUGGGUCCACGUCCAGUUGGGCUCCAGCCUGGGCCUCCUCCUGAAGCCAGCAUGUAUCCAUCCCACCACCGUCCAGAGGGCCACUCCAUGCACCCCAUGGCCAACAGAUUCCCAGGGCCAGAAGGACCACCCCAGAACAACUACCCAGGCUUGAGGCCUCCCAGUAUGGGCCUAUCCAACAUGUGGACUGGUAUGAAUCACCAGGAGAGACCCAAUGGGAUGCGCAUGCAAGAUCCCAACAUAGUGAACCAGCGCACCUUUAUGUACGGUGGAGUCCCUCCCCCAGUGGGGCAUAAACCUUGGCCAGAAGCUGCUGGAUACCCCCACCCUCCUCCCAAUGCCCAGUAUCAAAUGUCUGCAGCGGUCAACUCCCCGGGGCCGAUGUCCACACGCCCCCCUGUUCCACAGCCAGACUCCUCUGGCAGGGCACGCUUGGCUUCCAUGCUGGAAAGCCCUGAGAUGCUGGCCCUGCAGCAGCUGUCAGCCUCUUCUGGACCCCCUGCUGGUGCCCCUCAUCAGCAAAUGGGCAACUUUCAGCAGCCUGGGCCCCCAUCAGGAAUUGGCAGCAUCCCAGCCCACCCCUCUCAGCAGCCUCCCCCUGCCCCUGAGGUUCAGCUGCUGCGUCCUGCUAGAGACAAUGGGCCAGACAGCCAGCCUUCCCAACAGACAAACAUGCAGCCCAAAGACUCGACAUCAGAGAACAAAAUGGCUGCCAACAUUUCCAAUGAAGCUUCAUCACAAAAAACUGUUUCAGUUCACCAGGAGCACCUGUCCAUCAAUAGCCCCAUAGAACACCACACAGAGGGGAUGCAGGAUCCCACAGCUUCUAACUCGGGCAGAUCACAGGAGCCUCCGUCUGGUCCAGGGCUCUCUCAGAGCUCAACAGAGAGCCAGAGGCAGGAGGGAGAUGGCCAGAGACAAUUUGACAGCCACUGUCCCACUCAACACAUUACUGCCCCUCCUGUUUCAUCCCAUAUCAACACCAGUAACGACGCCUCCACUGAUCCCACUCACCCCGACCACCCUCAGCAUUCACAGAACAGUCCACAGCAAAAAGCUGAGAGUCCUGCACUUCUUCACAAGAACGUACCGCCGCUGCAUGUUGCAGCUUCUCAAAAUCCCACUCUGCAAACAUCAGAGAACAACUUGUCACCCAUGCAUUCUGCACAUCAGCAAAGUGAACAUCAGCACAACGUCCAAAAACAACAACAACCUCAGGCAGCCCAGACUCCCCCUCCCCAAAGCUCUCCCCAGCAGAUGAUCCAGAGCUCACAGCAACACAACCUUCUGCUCCCCCCUCAUCACGUCCCGCAGAACAUCUCGCCACAACGGCCUACACUGAGCAGCCCCAUGCACGGGAUGCCACAGAGUGCCACACAAGGAGCCCAGCCUGGACCCCCUCAGCCAGCUCCCCUCACCUCGUUGCCACCUAGUCAUCCUACCCCACUGUUGCCCUCCCAGCCGAGCCCAGCAGACCACGGAGAUCAAAGACCUAGUGAGCCUACAAGCAGACCCGACACGGACGCCACUGCCGGUCCACCACAGCACAUGAUGAAGUCUGGGCCUCCUAAUGGUAUUUAUAAACACCAGGCCUUUGGCCCCAAUCACCAUCAAACCCAGCUACAAGGUAGUAACCCAGGAAUGCCCCCUCAGAGAGGGCCAGCACCUGCUCACAAUCCAGGCAUGCCUCCUCACUCCCAAGGCCAGGUAAACGGAGCGAUGGGUCCAUAUGGAAUGGGUAACCAUCCGCAUCCACACUACAGCCAGACCAGCAUGACCAGGCCCAUGCCUCCUUCUGCUCACCACCCUUACCACAACCAGGCCGUUAACCCGCUCCACAGUCCUGCUCAGCACCCAACUUACCACCAGCAGGGAGGGACCGCCUACUCCUACCACACGCCAGGCCAGCAGCACCCUCAGGCCCACUCCAACAUGUACCCACCUCAUCAGUACCAGCAGCAACACUAUUACCCACAACCCCAUCCCCAAACUCAGGCCCAUAACCAGGCCAGCAGUAGAGGGAGUUAUCCUACAGAAGAGUGGCAGCGCUCUCAUUAUCAGUCUCGCCAACCGAUGCCUCCCAGCGCCUACCUACCUGCAGCUAGUGCUAGAGGCAACGGGCAGCUGAAGGAGAGCAGCGUGUCACCGCACGGCUCUGAGGGCUCCAGUGGCGCUAGUUUGGUCUCCCCGGGCCCUCAGGCUGAAGGAGGGCCACAUCCUGGAGGCCCAGAAGAGAGAAAAUGUGAAAGCCGGGAGCAGGCUGGUGGAGGCAGCAGCAGUGGGGGAAGUCCGGCAAAGCACGCUCAGACAGAAAGCUCCGAGCGACCUGAGAGCCCGAAAGAAAUCCUGGACCUUGACAGCCACAAUGCUGCCGCCCGGCACCGUAACGCACAGCCGCCUCAACAGCACCGCUCCACCUCCGCUGCACACAUGGUGUCUGGUUUCAUGUACGACCCGCGUGCAGUGCACCCUGGGAUGCAGCGAGGCGGCGUCCCUCCGCCCCAUAUGAUGUUUCAGGCUCGUGGAGAUGGCAACAGAGCCCCUUACCCUGGUCAGCCGUACCCAGAUCUAGGACGUUAUGCGGCCCAAAGACCUCAUCCACACCUGAUGGAGGCUCUGCAGCGGCCCCAGCAGCUGCCUUACUCACCUGGUCAGACACGCAUGGCCAUGUACAGACACCCCCGGCCUGCGGGGCACUUCCAGGGUAUGAUGAUUCAGCAGAGAGGCCUGGCACCAGAACACUUCCUCCACCCAGGGCAACAGAUGAUGGCUGCUCCAGGCGGCCCCAGCAGUAAACAAGGAGUGUGACAAGUAUCAUAUCAGGGCAUAUUAUUAUCAAAGAACAUCUGGACAAAGAAGUCAGCCUAAAGGAAGGAUGUGCAGGCAUGCUGACUCAGCUGACAUAGACUGUAGAUGGGACAUCUUUAACCGAUUUUCUUACACUGGACAAGAAGUUUUGACUCUGUUUUGUCCUCCACUGAACUUUAAGAUCCAACAAGGCAGCUGGUUUACGUAGGAUAAUAAUAUUGUGAAAUGUUACUGAGCCCUGGAGAACAGUUCCCUUUUUUCCAGCGCUUCUUCACUUGUAACUCUGUUGAACUGGCAGGGAUUCACUGAACUGCUUCCAAACAUGAGCGUUUCAACUUGGACGGUCCAGCAGAAGGGCAGCCUUUUUAACCACUAAACCAACCUUCCCAACACAGAGGUCACUGCCCUCAAGAACACUGUACAGCCCUUUCUUCUUUGAGGAAUGGAAAUAUGAAUGGCUUAAAGGCGGCUGAAUGCAGCCUGCCUGUCUUUGUUCAUUGACUGUAUCACAUGAUGGAGCUGAAAGGACUGUGAAGAUAAGAAGGACUGUUGUUUUUACUGCUAUUUUCUGUUCCAACCCUAUCUUUAAACUCAGGUGUAGAAAAGGAGGUACUAUGAGACUGUCACCCUUACCCAGUCAACUCACAGGCCCCUUGCAAUUGCCUUUGUUUCCUUUGUGAAUGUAUGAGUGAAUGUGUAGACAAGAAGGUGUGUACAGCAGACUAGCUGCAUGUGAAAGAACAAGAACACUGAUUAUUUGUCUCAAGCAUAAGCCGUCCUGAGAAAGGCCCAUUUACUGUCCAUUUCCACCCCAACUCUAACAGUGUUUCUCUACUUCUGGAGUAAACGCGCAGUAUAUGCAUCUUUCAAAGCUGCCUUCAUUGUCAAGAAUGUCUUUGACUAGCAGAGAGGGACUAGCGAAGGUGGCGCAGUUUGUACCCAACUCUCUGUUAUGCACUAUGGAAUUUGUUAGUCUAGACAUUCUGGAAUUGAGUGGCCUUGGAUAGUCUUAUUUUUAGUCAAACACAUAUAUGUAUGAAAAUAUAUCCUUACCUCUUGUCCCAGAUGGGGGAAAUUCUAAAAUGACACGUCCUGCUAGCUUUUAAAUGCACAUACACAGAAAAAAAACACAUAAAUUCCUGCUGUUUUUUCAUUGUUUUUAUCGUGGCAUUCCUCAUCCACGUGUGUACUUUGUUUAUUCAUGACUCUGCCCUUUGCAUGGUUGCUACUUUGAGUGCUUCCUCUUUCCCAUAUCAAUACUAAACGUAUCCUCAGGGUGUACAGUUUCUAUAUACGGGUAUUUUUCUGCAUUAUUUGAAGGAGGAGCAGCAUAAGGAAAAAUAGGACUGCAACUGUGGCAAAUCAAUCCACCUCUUGUGAAGAUCUUCACUUUGAAGGGUCUGUACUCAUUGUCCUUAAUGUUUGGUGUAUCACACUGCCAAUCUACUGGACUUCUUUGUAUUUGUUCAUUUAAAGUGAGAUGGAUCAAAUUUGAGUUAUUCUACAUUCCUGUGGAUCUGAUGUACCUGUGUCUGUCAUCACAAUUUAUUUGGGCUUUCUUGUGACACAUUUUUUUCACAGCAACCAUUGCUUUUUAUCAUAACUUAUGUGGUUUUGGAAGUUUUGUCCCGCACCCUACACCUCAUCACAUCCAUGUUGCACCUGUGAAUCCCACUUGUGCAGUUUAGUGAUGGCAGCAAAUGAAUCUACCUCAUCCAGCCAGUGUGUGGCAUCUACUGAGUCCCUCCACUUCCUCUCCUGCUCUACCACACUCCUGUGAGUCAACAUUUUGUGACAAGCGUAUGAAUUAAGCACCACUUUUAGUUUGUGGGCUUACAGAAGUGACAAUGAAAUAACCCUCCGUUAUUUGACCAUCUUGGUCGCAGAUCACUGCGUCAAAUUAUAAUGCUGACUCACAUUGACAGGUAAAAGAAGCAAUCCUUGAAAGUGUACACUAUCUUAUUAAUGGGACAGCACUUUCAUUAUCAUUUUUUUUUUUAAUGGAGUAUGGUGGACAAUAUAACAUCACAUGUCUGAAAUGGGACUCUGUGAAUUGGUCUUUAGUUGUACAGAUUGCAUGUCUUCCUGCCUAAAGGUUGUUGAAACUAGACAAAGUAGGCAGUUUUCGAGUCUAGGGCCUGUCAUAGACUGCAUAGAGUUUGGAGACGUUAAGGGUUUACUAUGUUCCUUAGUCAUAGGUACCUAAGGAAAUAUUUAAGGAGGGAUGAUGGAUAGAAAAGAGCUAGAUGCUGUGAGACAGUUUUAUAAAUGUGUCACAUAAGACUUGCUGUUUUGUUAAAAUAGAGGAUUGUCUCAAUAUUUAGUGGGCCUAAUAAGGCCACUUUGGAGGUAGUGUGUUCACUUGCGCUGUCUAAUGUAUGAAGGACGGCGUUUAUUUUAAAGGUCUGAGGUUGUAAUACUGUCUUAUGCUGUACAUAUGUUGUGUGUAUGUUCGUUUCUGGUGUGUAGAAUCAGCACCAGGUGAUCGGAAGUGUGCAUUCAUCUCUCACUUUUACUCUGCUGUCAUCUCCCUGCACUAGUGAAAACCAUUUAGACGUUAUUAAAUGUGAAUCAUAUUUAUUUUCUCUUUUUAAGAAUUUUUGUACAUUUUUUGUACUUGUUUUAAUAUAAAUGUGGUGUAUGUUUCUUUUUUUUUUUUUCUUGCUUGUUGUUUUUAAGCAGUUGUCUUUUACCUCAGUAGCAUGGUGGCAUCGGGAAAAAAAAGACCUGUACGUUUAAUUUUUCAGUGACGUUUACAAGUUCUUAUCUGACUGACAUAGAUUAUUUUGGAAAUGGAACGGAAUAUUUUCUAUACUGUACAUUUCUUAGAAAUAAAUCACUUUUCUCAAACAAGAGUUAUCAUUGUCAAUUUAAGAAUAAAGAAACUUUUCAUGACUA